AUGCCUGGCGGGGUGGCAGCAGCUCUUGAGCCCUUGAUCCCGGGUGAUCAGUACUCCCCAGACUUGCCCGAGGACGAUGAUGAUGUGGAGGAGAGAUAUGAAAGCAAAAUAAAGGCUGCUGGAAGCUUCAUCUGGGGACUAACACUGGCUGCUGGCGUGAGUGGACUGCUGUUUGGCUAUGACACGGGAGUGAUAUCGUCUACACUUGUCUCGAUCGGCUCUGACUUGUCCAAUCGUCCGCUUACCACACUCGACAAGUCGCUUAUCACGUCUUGUACAUCACUAUUCGCACUGCUAGCCUCUCCUAUCACAGGCCUCCUUGCUGACGCGCUCGGCCGGAAGCGCGUCAUCCUCGUCGCGGACAUACUGUUCAUAAUUGGAGCAUUGUGGCAAGCACUCACUACCAGCGUCUGGGGUAUGAUCGGUGGGCGCAGCGUGGUUGGUUUGGCUGUUGGUAGUGCGAGCUUCGUGGUGCCGCUAUACAUCUCGGAACUUGCUCCUAGCCCGUUCAGGGGACGUCUGGUUACGAUAUCAAGUCUGUUCAUUACUGGUGGACAAGUUGUGGCGUAUCUAAUAGGAUGGCUUUUUUCCACCCAAACACACGGAUGGAAGUGGAUGGUCGGCCUUGGUGCUCUUCCUGCUGCUGUGCAAUUCUGCAUUCUAGGAUUCAUGCCCGAAACGCCGAGAUGGCUUGUCAAAGCUGGACGUCGUGAGCGUGCAAAGAGAAUUCUAACCAGUGUGUAUGGUAUCGACCAGGAUGCCCUUGUUGAAAGUGUGCUUCGUCGCAUUGAGAAAGAGGUCAUGGAAGAGGAGACUGCUGCGGGCCCGAAAGAAGAUGGUUCAGCGUGGAGCAGAAUUACCGCCAACGCGUGCGAACUCUUUUUUAUUCCUGCAAACCGUCGCGCUCUCUCAAUUGCCUGUAUGCUGCAAGGCUUCCAACAACUUUGCGGCUUCAAUUCCUUGAUGUACUUCUCCGCAACGAUCUUCUCCCUUGUUGGCUUCCGCUCACCAACCCUAACAUCUCUCUCCAUCGCACUCACAAACUUCGCCUUUACCAUCGUCGCGUUCUACGCCAUCGAUCGCAUAGGCCGCCGCCGCAUCCUACUCUAUUCCAUCCCCAUCAUGACUUUCGGGUUGGUCCUUUGUAGUAUCGCGUUCAAUUUCUUUCAACUUCCAACGGCCUCGCCACAAGAUGCUCUUCUUCUGCGGGCCUUUCACCUACCCGGUCGCCGUGAAGGGAACAAAGCCACGGCAUGGCCGCUUGUCAUCCUCUUUGCCAUGAUAACCUACGUCGCUGGCUACGCCAUCGGACUUGGCAAUGUGCCUUGGCAACAAUCAGAGCUCUUCCCACUCUCUGUGCGCGCACUUGGCUCUGCACUCGCAACAAGCACGAACUGGGGCUCGAACACGCUUGUGGGCUUGACAUUCCUGCCUAUGAUGACAUGGCUGACUCCAGUGGGGACGUUUACUAUAUACAUGCUCGUGUCUCUGGCUUCACUGAAAGUUGAACCGGGGCCCAAACUUACUCGGAUUGCCAUACGAAACCAGCAUUCGGCGUCCCGAAUAGGUUUGCACCUGGGACGUGCGUCCACCACCAGGCCAUCGUAUCUCAACGAUGAAGGUCUCUAG